CCACCCUUCUGACGAGGACAGGCGGAAGUGUCCGAAACACGGCAUCAGUGCCUGUGUAAAGGGUACACACUGGGUCUGAGAUGAAGAUGGAUUCCAUGUUUCUGUUAAGGGUUAUAUUGUUAACCUGUCCUGGAACCAUUUCAUGUUUACAGAUUCGGAGGGCAGCUAUAGGGGUGUGUGAUCAUUCUUUGGAAAGUGUCCAAGAAGGUUUCGUUUGUCCAGUAAAUAAAUCCGAAUGGGAAAAACGAGCACAAGUUUUCCAUUGUGAAACAUAUUCACAGAACUGCACGGACAAGUCGUUGUUCGUUUACCAUUGUCUUAUUAAUCCAUGGUCCAAUGGCACAAUAGAAGUCUGUGCACCAAGAAUUAAAAUUUUUGGUAAAAAAUGUGCUGAAUUCAACAUAGGUGGUGCACGUGUACAAACAAAUUACAAAAGAACAUGUCAGUUAUGUCAAAAGAGAUAUUAUUCGUCUGAGGGCUACAAAUAUCAAGAAUGUUAUAAAAUGGAUGAUGUACAGAAGUCAACUAUGAAAAAAACAUCGCAUACCAGUUGGUUUAAAAUUUCAAGUGCAGGGGAAGACCAAUACAUCAGGAAUACCACAAAUCAAACGUAUGAUACCGUAAUAUAA